GAGAAAGAAAAGCGAAAAGAGGCGGGAAAAGGUUUUCCACAGCCGCUCCCCCUCAUCUUCCCUCUUCCUCCUCCCUCCUGUCCUUGUUCAAAUGGAAAGCCAAGGGAUCUCCUCCGUCGAUUGCCAUUAUCUUCCGGAUGAAGAAGCCUUGCCCGUCGGAUCACCGGAUAAUCUAGGGUUUCAAGGAGAAGAUCUGCUGGAUACAGCUGAAGCAGCUGAUCCUUCCCCCCUUCCCGAGGCCGUCGUCCUCACCGAUGAUCUCCGAAACAAGAUCAUAAGACAGGUUGAAUAUUACUUUAGUGACGGAAAUCUACCUACAGAUAAGUUCCUGAUGAGCCAUGUUAAGAAAGACAAGGAAGGGUUUGAUGAUGAUACUGCAAUAAUUGGAUGCACGAUAAUGGUUCCUAUUGCUGUUAUUGCAUCUUUUAGGAAAAUGAAAAAGCUGGUUCGUGACAAUUCUUUGAUAGUGGCUGCACUCAAGGAAUCGACUCAGCUUGUUGUGAGUUCAGAUGGAAAGAAGGUGAAGCGGAUUCAUCCACUGCCAGUAACUGAGGUCAAGGAUGCUGAGCAAUGCACUGUUUUGGUAGAGAAUUUGCCAAAGAGUUACACUACUGAGAACAUUCAGAGGAUAUUUGGCGGUGCUGGAAAUAUAAAGAAUAUUUAUAUCCGUGAUCCACAUGCCAUGGAAGGGCCCAAAAAAGUCAGCAUGGCUGAGAAGUUGAUAAGUGGUAAGAUAUAUGCUCUUGUGGAGUAUGAGACAGUGGAGGCAGCUGAGAAAGCUGUGGCAACCCUAAAUGAUGAGAAUAAUUGGAGAAGUGGAAUGCGGGUUAAACUUCUCAAGCGAAUGGGUAAGUUUGGGCUGUCAAAGAAAAAUGUUAAAGCAGCUGUCUCUGAGAAGAAUAACAAUGUACCAGCAUCUGAAGCUGCUGGUGAUGAGAACCCUAAAACUGGUCACCUUGAGGAGACACAUGAACCAGAGCAGUAUGCGGGGGGGCACUCACCAACUGAGAAGACUGGACGAAGAGGUCGAAACCGCGGCCGAUUUAGAGGUCACAAACAUCAUAGCACUAAUGGAUUGGGGCAUGGAACCUUGCACUCUGGUGCUGGUAUUAAAUGUUCGAAUCCACCUCGUGUUCCAAGAAUGCCUGAUGGAACAAGGGGUUUCACAAUGGGACGAGGUCGGCCACCUGUCUCCACUCAAAAUUAACACAUGAUUUGGCGAUGUUCCCUUCCGGAAACUUUAGAUCACUCCAAUGGUAUUCUACUUCUAGGUUGGAGUGAUGUGUGAAAGCUGUGUAGGGGUUGCAAUCAAUAACCUCACAAAUUUAACUUGGUUUUUGUACAAAUGGGGCUCCAUGCAAAUGCAAUCAUCCUACAGACUACAGUUACACAAUUGAAUUUUCUUCCUGUUCUAUAAGCCCCAAAUGAGUUUGGUUUAACGAUA